AGUGAAGAAGAAAUAAACACUAGAAUCGAGAAGCAUGCCUAUGGGAAAACUGGUUUGGAGAAGAGGAACAAGGAAGCAGAUGGAUUGUUUUAUCUCAAGACAGUGUAUUUACCUGAUCAACUUGAGAAAAACCUUAAACAGUUUUUAAAAAGUAAGUGUACAAAUGCAUGUAAUGUAUAAAGUAAAAUAACUCUUGAGUUAAACCUGAAUUCCCUUUUGUGUGAUCUCCUAUGAAUUGUUAGAGCUAAGAAAGAAAGGAAAAUCUGAAUCAAACUUGGUUAAAAUUAAUACCGGUUAUUUAAUCUGGGAGUUUCUUUGUUUUGCUUGUGGGAAAUACAACAAUAAGGAGCCAUCAAAACGUCAAGUUUCUUUUAUAUUCUUGAUUUUUGUUCUAACAAUAAACAGGUAUAAUAAAUGUUCAAAAAAGACAGCUUUUUUUAUUAGGAUUUUCAAUUUAAAGUGGAUAGUACUUAAAUUUACUGCAUUCAACCAAUUUCUGUUUUUGAAUGUCCUUGGUAAAAAUUGAGUGGACUGAACUGUUUUGUUUUGUGAUACAAAAUUUGCCCAAAGAGGGAGAUAGAGUGAACCUUAUAUGCUACCAACAUAAACUCAGUUUUUUUUGCAUUUUUCUUCCAGAAUUCCCAAAAAAGCUGGUUGAAAAUGAUGGUAGAAAACUGGCCAGGCAUAUUAAAAACAGGGGUCGCCCAACUGAGCAAACAUGGCAGAAAUACAGAGAAUCUAAAAGGCGUAGAGAAGUAUUAGCAGGUAAUCUGAACUUGAAUAUGAAGUUAGGAGUAUUCUUCUCAAGCCUAAACAUUUGGAGAGUUUGUACCAAAAAUGCUGUUUGAAGCUAGUGGAUCCAUUUUUUGGUCUCUUUUAAUCAAUUGUCUAAAAGUUCAUAAAUUACAGCUAGUUCUCUCUAUUAAGAGGGACAUCUUCGGGACCGGCCCUAAAUGUCUGUCUGAUUUAUAGAGAGUCAAGGUGGUGUGACACCAGUAAUUAUUAGGAAAUAUAGCUGAACCCAUUCACAAUGAUAUGGUUACACACCUGUUUUACUUAUGCAAAACAGUGAGAACUGGAACAUUAUAUAAUGGAAAAGUUGAAUCAUUUUUCUCAUGCAAUUUGCUUCCCUAACUAACUCAGCAACUCAAGUGGUACAAGCUGGAACUUUUACAACGUUCUGAUGUGACACCUACAGUAACUUUACAUGUAACUCAAAAUGUCACAUUUACAUACAGUGUUAAUGGUUGAAUCCUCAAGUGGGCAAGAUUAAAUGAAUCCUGUGUUCUGACUGGCGACCCAAGCGAGCAAGAUGCUUGCAAUUUCCUGCGUCAGUCCCACAACAGAAGUUUCUCUUUUUGGCUGUUAUUUAAAUCCUUCAUUGACCAGGUUGUUCAUUCUUUCUGCAUAUUGGCCUUAUCUUCAUCUUGUUCAUAAAAAUGCAAAAAGGAACUUUGUCAAUAAACGUAUAUACACUGUACAAAUGAAUGUACAGUGCCCAUCUUGACCAAAUAAGAUUGGUCAAUAACAUGUAUUUAAUAUAUUAUUUUAUUAAUUAUUGUUUUUAAUCUUGAUGUUUAUACAGAAAGUGAAGUUAAUCCAGAAGACAUUUUAAAGUUGGAAAGUCAGGAAAGAGAAAAUGUAUUAUUUGAUGAACAGUUUGAAGAUAUUAGCGAGGAUGAAGAGAACGAACUUUAUGAAGACUAUGAAUCAAUCAACUUAAGUGAUGGAAACACGCAGGAUGAUGACGGCAAAAGGGUUGAUGAUGAAGAUGGAAACGAAACAGACGACAUUAUGGCUAAAGAGACUGAUAACAAUGUACUAAAUGUGACAAGUUCAAAAGUCAAGAAUACAAAGAAGCCAAAGAGAGCUGAAUACAAAGUAAUAAGGUAGGGUUUGUAUAUCAUGUGCUCCCCGCCAAAAAGGAGCGUGGAUUAAAAUAGCCUUUGUCUCUUUAGUCUAACCCUGUUAGUCAUGGGCACCCAACGAGAAUAUAGUUCAACACCACUUAAAAAUAGCAUUGUUUUAACGUAUUUUAGUAUUUAAACGGUAGAUAUAGGCAUUUUUUAUCCCCUAAAAUUUUUUCGUCUGUGUGGAUUUCCUAGCUGAAAGUCUAGUGACCCGAAAAUUAUAGGGAUUAAAACUUACCUUUUUGAACAUUUCAGCUAGGAAAAAGGCUCCCGAAAAUUCUAGGUGACCUUUUUAGGGUAAAAAUUCAUUAAAAAUGGGCAAUUAUACCAUUUUUUAGAUGUUCGAAAAUCCUAGGAGAGGCAGGCAAGCAAGAAAUUUUACAACAUAUGUUCCGAAAAUUCUAGAUCUCAAAUCGUCUUCUGAAUAGAUAUUUUAUAUAUUGACGUUGGGUGCGCCUGGUUAGUGACUAUAAAGCAGCACCAAUACCCUUGUUCUAGGCCCUCAAUUGACACAACGAAUUACCGAAAAUGUGUUUCAUGUCUCCACUCAACUUGAUUGGAAAAUCAACAAUGGCUUUCUUAAGGGGCCAGUCAUUACUGGUACACUGUCAGGUGGGAACCUGGAACAAGGCCUUUUGGGCUGUUUUAAUUUGCACACUGACUUACUGUAACUUGAAUUUUAGUUGCAUCUGUGGCACAGGUUAGUAUUAAAGGGUCUAGAAACUUAAAUUUAGAUUGUCUUUUUGUGUAGCUCAUUUUGAAAUUGUGAAAGGUUUAAACCCAGGAGUCAUUUCAUACGUAAGGUGUUCGUACGUAUUACAAGACGUGACUGAAUAUACAAUGGCCAAGAAAAGAGAAAACUAAAAAACAGAAUACGCCUUCUUUUCCCGUACCGUAGAAGAAAAUGGCGUUUCUUCUACUUUAAAUUAACCAACCAUGCAAAGAAAAUUUGCCAAAAAAGGGCAUCCGAAAAGGUCACGGAAGCUUCGUUUUCACCAGCAGAGGACUAGUCUUAAUGCCAUUGUGAAUCCCAUAAGCCAUAUUGCCAUUUGUUUUGGGUGCUACCGCUGAAACAGAGCUUUUUAAUUUCAACAAGCCCACAAAUCUAUCAUCGAACAGCCUUACAAUCCUUUGUAAAAUCAAUACCAACACGUGCAAUGUUUUCAAAGUCUCUGAAUAGCUUUGCAUGGUGAAAUUGAUUCGUAAAGGACAUAAAAUCUUCCUGCAGCUGCCUCAGGUGAUCUACUAAGCAUUUCAUUUUGAAAUAUUUUCAGCCUAAAAUGUUAGUGACUAAUAUGGAAUGUGUUUCGGCAUCCGAUAAUAGAUGUUGAUGUUUGAAAAUAAAUUCCUUGACCUAACUCACUGUUCAAUAAAUUAUGUUUUCAAUACUUCCUCUGAAAUGCUUAUUUGACAUAGUUAUUUACUUACAUCUAUUACAAAGAGCUGAAGUUUAAGUAUUGACUUGUACAAACUGUAGAUACAACAAAAGAGAGUCUGUGGCAUAUGCAGCAAGUCGGAUACCUGCCAGUUAUGGUGCUACUUUAAGAGUAUUUCAUGAGGUAGGUACUGGUAACUGCACUGAGAAGUCAUUUGAGUGCACAUUGUUAUAAAUAUUGUAUUCUAAGGUCCAAAGGAGUUUUCCUUAUAAAAUGAGCACCCAAAUCACUUAUGCCCACUUUCUAUGAGCGUGGUCAAUUCACCCCCUCUAGAAGAGGCACCAAUAACAAUAAAUUAACUGGCAUACUAUGGGUAUCAAGUUUCAGUUUAUGCCCAAAACUAUCCCCAAAAUUACCACCACUUUAACCGAACACAGAUAUCAUGUUAGGUUUUACGUGUAGCACCCAGGUUAGCAGUGCCAAUCCCCCACCCCCCCCCCCCUUACUCCCCAGAGGAAAAAAAGACAUCAUUUUUAUAGUGCAGCACCCCCCUCAGUGAGCAAAGUUCCUUAAAUUGCAAAUACCCAUAGACACAUUAAUUUUUAACUCUCCUUUUGUUCGGAAGUGUCCCUUAAAUACUGGUAUUAUUUUUGAUGAAAUUCAUGGAUGUUUGUUUCAUUUGGUUUUAGAUUAGUCGGCGAGAACCAGAUUUUAAGCCAGAGACUCUACUAGACUUUGGUUCAGGCACUGGAAUGGGAGUGUGGUAAAUCAAAUUUGAAGAUGAGAAUUUAAGUUGGGGCAGGACAUUUACAUUGGUUCCCACUGUUCUUAACCCAGCUCAGGGAUUUGAUAUUAAGCACAAGUUUUGAAAGUCUGUCGACCUCCUCUGUUAGAUUCUAAAAGUGAGCAGUUCUUGACAGGAAACAGAUCACCACUGAGCAUAGGAAAAUUCAUAAUAUUAAAAAUAUUUGAGGUUUUGGUCAGGAUGAACAAAACCGUCUGUUAGGAGGGUUUUUGUACUGCAGAAUUUUACUCUUUUGUAAAUUAUGGAGAAAAAAAUCUUUCAAAUAAAAUAUCGUUAGAUAAAAAAUAAAAAUUUUAGCAUUUCCUGAAAGAUGACAUUAUCUUUUAAUUUUCUUAUAUUAAUAUAAUUGUAGGGCAGCUCAUGAGAAAUGGGGUGACUCAAUCAGGGAAUAUCAGUGUGUGGAUGUGUCGCAGGAUAUGAACAAUGUAGCUGAAUAUCUCUUAAGAGGUAAUGACCUGUAUCUUUGACAUUUAAAUAGUAAGUGUCAGACCUUCUUUGUGGGUAUCUAAGAAGUGAAAAUUUGUUGCUCCCUUUCUUAAGAGUCCUUUAGUCUUCCUGGUAAAGUGCAAACAUGUUAUUAUAGUGCUCAACCAGGGUGCAAAAAAAGUCAGUUUUACAGCCUGCCAUUCGGGCAAGGUGUAGCUACCACGUACUAGCCCCAAAACCCGUUUUGAUUAGCAGGAUUGAUUACCAUCCUUCUGUAAUUUGAAUUUACCCAAUAAAUUCACUUGCCUGUCGGACAAGUUAAGAACAGAAUUCACUAGCCCGAAAGCAAAAUCCACUAGCCCCGGGCUGUCGGACACGACUUUCUUUGCACGCUGUCAACAUUUCACGUCCUACAAAUAAUAACCCCUUAAAGUAGUAGAGUGGAACCUCUCUACAAGGGCCAUGUUGGAGACUACUACUACUACUAUGGCCGAGCAAUAGCAUGCCUCAACCCAGCACGCCUCCUCCAGGUCUCACUAUCCAACAUAGCUGCUCUCAGCUCUUCUGUGCUUUUUUCGUUGGAGAGAGGUGCCAGUAUGGGCCCUUAUUUGAGAGGUGGCUGUGUUAGAGAUAUGUAAAAAAAGGAGCCUCAACUCUGAGCUUGCUGACAUUUCACAUUUGCAUGAAAGAGUAAAGAAAUCAGUCAUCCUGGUCCUUAAAAAGACUCAAGAGGGUUUAAUAACAGAUGCAUUUUAUGGUUGCGAAAAAGUCAAGAAAAUAUUCUGUUUUUGUGAUUUAAAAGACAGUGCAUAUACAGCAGUUAAAGGAAUGCAGAAUUCUAAAUAAUUAUUAGGUUUAAUUAUGUCCCUUUGAUGAAAAUAGACCCCUAAUGACCUUUAUACACCAGUCUAAAACUCUGCUCACUGAGGAUCUCAGUAUGUGACAGAUGAAUAGCUUGCUGAGUGAAUGAAAUGAUAAUUAUGCUGCAUGAAGAACAUUACAAGUGCUAUUCAUUGUUGUUGUUCUUGUUAUUUGACAUUCAGGUGGGGAAGGACUCAAUAAGUCUCUUCACAUUCCAAGAGUGUAUUUCAAAAGAUUUUUACCUGUUUCCAAUUUGGUAAGU